UCUGUGCUGUGUAUUCCAUGGUAUUGAUAUGUUCCAAAAAGCUGAAGAAGGGUGAUGCUUGUAGAAAGACCGUUCUUGACGAUUUUUUUACCCUUCUUCAGUUGAGGAGGCUGGAGGAGGGAGUGGAGGCGGCUGUGAUUGAUUUGCAUGCUUUUGUGGUUGGUGUUGACUGUUUUUCUCACAUGGGAGUUUCGGACUACUCUGAAACCAUGUUACCACCUCUGCUCCCCUCAGAGAUGAUCAGCCAGCUAACACAUAUGCAGCACCGACUGAGAAUUCCGGUUUCUGCUCAGAGUCAAGGUGAUGUACCAAGACGUAUGUACAGUUUUCCAUAUGCAUAUAAGGGCAGGAUGACACUCAAACAGGUUGGUAUUAUGAAGUUCACAGCUCUGUAUGUGGCGCGUUAUGGGGUGCGUAUUUGUCCGGGUUUGAUGAAGGAAGUGGUUACGAAACCUGAGUUUGAGUUUAUGGAGCCAACUAGUCGCAACUUCAGUUUGUAUAACGCUGCUGUUGAUGCGUAUUCCAGAGUAUUAGAGCCUUACGAUGAUGUUUUUUCUGUUUCGGAUUUCUUAGACCGUCUUGAAUUGGAGAAGCUAAAUGAGGAUGGCGAAGCAAAUAUCAAUAUGCAUGCUUUUGUGAGUGGUGUUGACUAUUUUGCUGCCGAGGAGGAUGCUGAGUAUUCUGCGUUAAUGCCACCAUCUGAACCCAUUUCUAGUAUAAUGAACCGAGUACCACCGCUGAGAUGUGGGCGUUCAAGGAGGAUGAUGCAAACUCCACGACCCGAGGAACGAGAGGCAAAGAGACGUAAGCAUGUAUAUCGAUAUUAGAUUUAGAUAAGAGAUUAUAUUUAGUUGAUUCACAUUCACUUGUUAUGUAUGAUUCAGCUUUUUGUUUUUCCAAAUUUUGACCACAAUAUGAGUUCUCAGUCUUCCUUUGCCUAUGCUUUGAACAUGACUUGUCUCCGUAUUUCAGCAGCUUGCAGUCGUCGACGUCCACAUGAAGAGAUGGGUCGUCGAACUCGUUGUCGUAUGGAGUUGACGCCGGUACGAAGACGUAUGUAGUCUAUGUAUGGGUUGCCUUUUAAUUGUCGCCUCUUGUCAAUGCACGGCUAAGACAGAAGGAGACAUCUAAAGCCUUCACCAUUUUUUUCCAAGUUUUGUUUCUGUUUUUGA